CCACAAUCCAACUUUAGUCCCCUUUCUCUUCAUUUUCGCUCUUGGGUUCCACCCUCACUGUUCGUUCCUCUCAUCCUCGUUCUAAGUUUCUUUCCCGCAUUACUAACUAUUUCUCUGACUAUCAGCGAAGCGGAGAAUAAAAAAAAAAAAUACACAAUGAGUUCUCCUCUGCGUAUGAAUAUGGACUCCGCAAACCGCGGUACCGCCCCUCGUGCGAACCGCAAGCGUUCUCGCACGGGCGGCGAUGCCUCCUCUUCCGUUGCUGCCUCUAGCCCCAUGCCCUCUUCUCCGCCAGCCUUUAACAUUGCUCAUGGCGGUGACGACGAUGACGAUAUAGAAGAGGAGGCUGAGGUCCAAGAUGACUUGGACGACCUUGACGAGAUGGCCGAGGAUGAUGUCGAUCUCUUUCGCGAGGGCUUCGAGCGAGAUUACAGAGAGAAAGAUGAGAAUGAUGUUUACGAAGGGAUCGAUAUCGAUGACGAAGGCGAAUACGAUGAUAUAAAUAUCGGUGACAGACGACGGCUAGAAGCCCAGCUGAAUCGCCGAGAUCGAGAGGUGGCACGUAUACGCGGAAUGCCCCAGGCCUUCCUCCAGGAUGAAGAUGAAGACGGUGAUAUUGAUCUAACUGCCCAGCCACGUCGCCGUCGUCAUCAUUACGACGAGGAUCCCGACGAUCAAAUGGACCAGGAUAUCAUGGACGAGGAGCUCUCACUUGAGGCGCUGCAAGAUGUAAAAGCCGCAAGCCUGACCGAAUGGGUAUCCCAGCCUUCCGUGCAACGGACUAUCAAGCGAGAGUUCAAGGCAUUUUUAACAGAAUAUACCGACGAGAGCGGUUCCUCGGUCUAUGGUAACCGUAUUCGAACACUUGGUGAAAUUAACGCCGAGUCGCUCGAGGUAUCAUACGACCAUUUGUCCUCGUCUAAGGCCAUUCUCGCAUACUUCCUUGCUAACGCUCCCGCUGAAAUGCUUAAGCUCUUUGACGAUGUGGCCAUGGAAGUUGUUCUCCUUCAUUAUCCCGAUUAUGAGCGUAUCCACUCUGAUAUCCACGUUCGUAUUUUUGACCUGCCCGUUCACUAUACUCUUCGCCAGCUGAGACAAUCGCAUCUCAAUUGUCUCGUGAGAGUGAGCGGUGUUGUUACCCGACGGACUGGUGUCUUUCCCCAGCUGAAAUAUGUCAAAUUCGACUGCACCAAAUGCGGCGUGACACUAGGUCCUUUCCAGCAGGAGUCUAACGUCGAGGUCAAGAUUUCGUUCUGCCAGAACUGCCAAUCUCGUGGUCCAUUCACCUUGAAUUCAGAAAAGACAGUCUACCGCAACUACCAGAAGCUGACCCUCCAAGAGUCGCCUGGUACUGUUCCUGCUGGUCGUCUACCUAGACAUAGAGAAGUCAUCCUCCUCUGGGAUCUCAUUGACAAGGCCAAACCUGGGGAGGAAAUCGAAGUUACCGGCACCUACAGAAACAAUUAUGAUGCUCAGCUAAAUAACCGCAAUGGGUUCCCCGUUUUUGCUACUAUUCUCGAAGCAAACAACGUUAUCAAGGCGCACGAUCAGCUUGCUGGGUUCAGGCUUACCGAAGAGGACGAGCAUGAGAUUCGCAAGCUUUCUCGAGACCCCCAGGUUGUCGAUAAGAUAAUCAACUCGAUAGCGCCUAGCAUUUACGGACACACCGACAUCAAGACCGCCAUUGCCUUGUCUCUUUUCGGUGGUGUUGCAAAAACCACCAAGGGCGAACAUCAUGUACGAGGAGAUAUCAAUGUUCUGCUACUUGGUGAUCCUGGUACGGCCAAGUCCCAGGUUUUAAAGUACGUAGAAAAAACAGCGCACCGAGCUGUCUUUGCUACUGGCCAGGGAGCAUCUGCUGUCGGUCUUACAGCUAGUGUUCGUCGAGACCCCCUAACUAGCGAAUGGACUUUGGAAGGUGGCGCUUUGGUGCUUGCCGACAGGGGCACAUGCCUUAUUGACGAGUUCGACAAGAUGAAUGACCAAGAUCGAACUUCUAUCCACGAGGCUAUGGAACAGCAAACAAUCUCCAUUUCAAAGGCGGGAAUUGUUACUACUCUACAAGCUCGAUGUGGUAUUAUUGCGGCAGCUAAUCCGAUCGGCGGCCGUUAUAAUUCUACGAUCCCCUUUUCAGCCAAUGUUGAACUGACCGAACCUAUCCUGUCUCGUUUCGACAUUCUCUGCGUGGUGCGAGAUACCGUAGACCCGACUGAAGACGAGCGUCUAGCUCGAUUUAUUGUCGGCUCUCAUAGCCGGAGUCAUCCAUCUACACAAUCGGGUGACGAUUCCAUGGAAGUUGAGCACGACUCUGAAAAAGCACAGGAGACCCAAGCGCAGCCAAAGAAGGAAGGCGAGAUCUCACAAGGGUUACUACGCAAAUAUAUCCUGUAUGCCCGAGAGCAUUGCCAACCGAAGCUAUUACAUAUGGAUGAGGACAAAGUUGCACGACUCUUCGCAGAUAUGCGACGAGAGUCACUGGCUACCGGGGCGUAUCCCAUCACGGUCCGUCAUUUAGAAGCUAUUAUCCGAAUCUCGGAGGCCUUCUGCCGAAUGAGGUUAUCGGAGUAUUGUUCCGCUCAGGACAUCGACCGUGCCAUAGCUGUAACUGUCGACAGCUUCAUCGGCAGCCAGAAGGUCAGCUGCAAGAAGGCGCUCGCGCGCGCAUUUGCCAAAUACACGCUAGCGCGGCCUGGCGCAACUGGUGCACGGAGAGGUGCGCAGACUCAACGCAGAACCGCGGUAGCCGCUUAGACUAUGGUGUGAGUUUUUGAUCGUUCAUGGCGUAAAUUAAUGUCGGGAAGUAAUGAAAUAAUGCGGCGUCUAGAGCAUGGCACUAAAGUUUGGGCGUUAAGCUUUGAUGACGAGUGAUGGGGACGCGGAUGGGGUAAUAUGGUUCAUGGGGCUUUCGUGAAGUAGGCUAUCAAUUAGUACGCUUCACCAAAUGAAAUAUUUUAAACAAUCAAGACUCUAUCCGAAUAGGAGGUGGCAUCUUGCAAAGUACCCUUAGACAUUUAUGUGACUGAUCCUAAACUUUAAGCAGUACAGCUUUCAAUAAGUGGCCUGAG